GUUCUCUCUCUCUCUCUCUCUCUCUCCCCCCCAACACACACAAAAGUCUUCUAGCACUCACGGGGACCCCGGGAUAGGAGGAAUCCCGGCCGGCCAAGGUCGCCUUUGACAAGUUGAGGGGCAAAUUAAGAGAUUAAGCAAGCCAGCAUACAUGACUAUUACAUCUGGGGCGCUGCCAGCGACGGUCAAUCACGAAUUGCACCAGGAGCACAAGCUCAGCCUGGUGGACAUGGCAAGCUGGAGCUUCAAUUGCGACGUGUGCAAGCAGCACGGAGAAGGGACCGCGCACUACCGGUGCGAGCCAUGCAACUUCCACGCCCACCCAGAGUGUGCCACCGCUCCGGCGACCUUCAAGCAUGUCAACUACGCCGGCGAUUUCGUGUUGUAUGCCGAGUCUGGUUCCGGCGACCCUCCAAUGUGCUGCGGCUUGUGUGGACUCGAGGUUCUCGGCUACAGGUACUACAACCGCGAAGAGUAUGACCGCCUCCACCCCUCCUGUGCCUUCAUGCCUAGGCGUGUCAUCCAGGAUGGCCGCACCUUCCAGCUCGGCUACCACCCAUCUGGUACAUGCGCCAUGUGCAAGAACCCAUCCACGACGUCCUUGUCCUACCGCUCCACCUACGACGACGGUGAGGAGGUGUACCUGCAUGUGCAAUGCCUCGUCGACACCAACAACAGGCUGACCGGUUAUCAAGACUGGGUGGCGAGCGCGCCGAUAAUGCCGGGCGUGCUGAGAAGCUUUACUAGGAAGAAGCAGGGAGGCGGUCUCAUGAAGGCUGCCAGCCUGUCCUUUGACAUCGCCCGUGCCGUACUCGAGGUGGCGAGUCUGGAUAUUGGGGGCAUGGCAGAAACUGCACAAACCGUGGCCGAGGCAUUCAAUAGUGAAUGAAAAAAGAUGAGGGUACGUCAAAGUUUAUUUUUUAUUUUUGCAUCAAGGGUACGUAAAAGUUGAAUAAUGUGUGUGUGGACUUGUUUUUCUCUUUUGCAACAAAAUUGUGUGGACACCUGCAAAAAAUAAAAUAAAAUUGUGUGGACAAUCUUGUAAAAGGGUAUGUGCGAACCAUGAAACGGUGUAUCGGGGAUAUAUCCGAUCUCAAUUAUAUUGUAUA